AUGGCGGAGGUAUUAGGGGCCGUUUCCAGUAUCACGACACUGAUUGAGGUUUCGUUCAAAGUAUCAAGAUAUCUCUUAGCCGUCAAGGAUGGGCAGAAGGAUCGGGAUAGGGUCCGACAAGAGAUUUCCAUGAUCACUGGCAUGCUAUCUUUUUUGAAGGAUCAAGUGGCCGCGUCGAAUGAAGAUCCUGAGAUAUUUGCCACCUUGCAGACGCUCGUCGCGCCUCAAGGGCCUCUAGACCAGUUUGCCGACUUAUUGAAGCGAUUAGAAUCAAAGCUGGUUGUGGGAGGAGGCGCCAAGAAAAUUGGUAAAUCAUUCUUGUGGCCAUUUCGGAAGGAAGAGGUGAAAAAUAUUCUUGCAAGCCUCGAGAGGCAAAAGGCAUUCUUUGAUCUAGCACAGCAGAACGAUCAUAUUCGUCUUUCUCAGGCUAUCAGAUAUGAUGUUGCAGAUAUGAAGCAAAGAAUGUCAGGUAUCGACGAGAAGCUAUCGCAAUUGAUGCUGGAUGCCCUUGACGAAUAUCAGGACUCGCCUGGUAUCGUCGAGAUGCUGAGCCGUUUGCAACAAUCUACUAGUAUCAACAUACUCAUCACAUCUAGACCUGUCAUCUCAAUUGAGCAGCGCCUAGAAAACGUCAGGAAGGUAGAGAUCCGUGCGCACAACGACGAUCUGAAGUUGUACAUUUCUAAUCGAAUACCAACGCUGCAUUGCAUAAGAUCAAGACCAGAACUACAAGCUCUAGUCGCGGAUGAAAUUAUACAUGCAGCUGAUGGAAUGUUUCUACUCGCUCGUCUGCAUUUUGAUUCCUUGCUGGACAGAGCUAGCCCCAAAGCCAUUAAGAACGCCCUUGAGAAGGUCCCAAAAGGGUCGAACGCCCUACCGUUCGUCUAUAAUAGUAAAAUGGACCGGAUAAAUAAUCAGACUUCAUACUCCCGCGACCAGGCUAUCAAAGUGCUCUCGUGGCUUUUCUUUGCCUUAAGGCCAUUAUCCAUAAGCGAACUAGAAGCAGCACUCGCAAUUGAAAUCGGUUCAGAGGAGUUUGACAAAGACAACAUCACAAAUAUUGACCACCUGACCAGUCUAUGCAAGGGAUUUGCAACUAUUGAUCGAGAGAGCGAAAUUGUUCGUUUCUCACACUAUACUGUUCGGGAAUUUUUCGAUUCUACACAUGAGAAGCAUCUACCUAAAGCGCAAGCCUACAUUGCAAAGACUUGUCUCACUUGUAUCUCUUGCAUAAACUUUCAACAACGUCCACGGCGCGGCUCUGAUUCCAAGUUGGAAAACUACGCUUUGCGUAAUUGGGGUGAGCAUGCCAGACAUGCACAGAGCGAGCUUGAGAGUCUUGCCUUGACAUUCUUUGGCAAGGAAAAUAACGUGAAGGUAAUCUUCAGCAUGAUUCAAUAUUCAUUGGGAGAUAGGUAUUGGAGCUCGAUGAUUCCUGAUCCUGAGCUUGCUAGCAUUUACAUGUGUGCUUAUUUUGACUUGGAUGUGUUAGCCAAGCGACUGAUUGAGGAGGGCGCAAAUCCACAUGUCGGAAAAACUUUUUCGAGAAGCCCACUAGCUUGGGCAAUCAGAGAAGACAAUAUCAAUAUCAUACCACUGCUGAUGGAAUUUUCAUGUGGUCCUCGAUCAAAUGUAAGCCAGAAACUGACGGGUCAUCCCGAAAGACAAUGGACAUGUGACGAAGACGGAGACGGAUUGUUGCAUUAUGCCAUCAAAGCAGGCUCUACAGAAGCCGUCAAGGUUCUUCUGGAACAUGACAAUGUAGAUAUCAAUGCUCAAAACCAUAAGGGGAAUACACCGCUUGCAUUGGCGGCUGCAUUUGGUCUAUUUGAAAUAAGUGCGGUAGCACAGCAUUGUAGCCUUGCGGCAGCACACGGGCAAGAAACGAUCGGAGAAUUACUGCUAGGUCCUCACGAGCUGGAUAUCAAUGGCGUUGGUUAUUCUGGAUACACAGGGUCACAUUCUGGACCCUUGUCAAUCCGCGGAGAAUAUUUACGGACAUUGCAAGUCCUUUUGGAGCGCGAAAGCAUUGAUAUCAACGGGAAACAUAGUGGAGGACAGACAGCAUUGAUAUUUGCUGUUAGGACCGGAAUCGUCCAAGUAGUGGAGUCUCUGUUGUCGCGACAUGAUAUUGACGUAAAUGGCAAAGACGAUGCAGGCGCGACAGCACUUACUUACGCUUCUCAGGCCGGACAUAGCAGAAUGGUGCGAUUACUUCUACACCAGCCGGGCAUCAAGCCAGAUUCCCAAGACUUUGUCGGUCGAACUCCGCUCAGCUAUGCAGUCAGCUAUGGAUGGAAAAGUGUGGUUAGCUACUUUCUAUCUCGCAGCGAUAUCGAACCAAAUCUAAGGCUUAGGAACGGCCGGACGCCGCUAUUGCUAGCGGUCGUUGAAGGUGGUAGUAGAUACGGCCAAGGGCGUUAUGCAAGAUCGGGGAAGUAUGUGAAAGAGGAAGGGGAGACAAGGGAUUUCACCGAGGAAGAAAACUCAAGAUUAAGUUACGACAUCCUAAAGCUUCUUCUUCAGCACCCAACAGUAGAUCCUCUGGCUUGUGACGAUAAAAAUAUGGGUGCUCUACAAUAUGCGGUUAUGAAGGGUAACAAAGAUCACCUGAGGUUGCUUCUCACUCAUGAGAAAGUCCACUCAUACCUUUGUGGCAUUGUCAAAAGUGAUGGGUAUGUUUAUUCAGACGAUUUGGGGUCAUUGUCUGGACACCAGGUCCGGAUCAAGAAGUUUGACAUCACAAGUGAAAACAUGGAGUGUUGUGAGGCAUAG